AUGGAAUCCAUAGCAGUUUUUGGGCCAAAAAAUGGAUCUCAUCAACUUUUUCUUCCUUCUCCUAACAACUGGUUUCCAGUAAGCAAACUCUCUAGCUUUCCGCUGACGUCAGUUCCCAGUAAGCCUCCAAGGUUUGUUCGUUUGAAGGCAACUUCUACUCCAAUUUGUGAUGAUAAAAAAAGCAAUCGCACCUUCGAGAAAUUGCCACCUUCUCCAUGGACUGAUCACUUCAACUCUCUUUCUGUCGAUGUCUCGGAAAUGGAUGCACUUAGGAAAGAAAUCGAUGCAUUAAAGCCAGAAGUGAAGAACAAACUCAUGUCUUCGCAAGGGAUGGAGUCGACAAAGAAGAGAAUCCAUAUGAUAUAUUCGUUGGUGAGCCUUGGCCUUGCACAUCACUUUGAGGACGAUAUCUACGAGACUCUCGAAGAGGAUUUCCUAAACAUAGAGGAGAUUAUGGAUGGUGAAGAAGAUUUGUGCACAGUUUCCAUCUUCUUCUGGGUUUUUAGGACACACGGUCACUACAUAUCUUCCGAUGUAUUCAGAAGAUUCAAAAAGAACAAUGGAGAUUUUAAAGAAUCUCUGACCGGAGAUGCCAUGGCUAUGUUGAGCUUGUAUGAGGCUGCAAAUAUGGGGACGAGGAAAGAUCAUAUAUUGGACGAAGCAUUGAUCUUUACAUCGACCCACUUGGAGUCACUAGCUGCAGGAGGGACGUGCCCUCCUCAUCUCUCACUACGUAUACGAAACGCUCUCAAUUUAUCUCAGCACUUGAACAUGGAGAUGGUAUCCGCAGUGGAAUACAUCUCAUUCUAUGAACAAGAAAAAGACCAUGACAAGAUGCUACUUAAGUUGUCGAAGCUCAGCUUCAAGCUCGGACAGCUCCAAUACAUUCAAGAACUCAAAAUCCUUACAAAAUGGUACGAGGAGCUUGAGUUUGCAUCUAAGUUGCCACCAUACUUCAGACACAGACUCGUCGAAAAUCAUUUCUUUGUGCUAGCGAUGUGCUUCGAGCCACGACUCUCACGUGAAAGGAUGAUGAUGGCUAAGUUCUUCACCAUUUUAGUGAUUCUAGAUGACACAUUUGACAGAUAUGCGUCUCUUCCUGAGGCUGAGGUCCUCGCCAACAGCUUGAAAAGAUGGGAUCACGAUCAUACCAUGGAUAAACAGCCUGACUAUUUGAAAUUCACGUUGAAUUUUAUGUUAGAUACUUUCGAAGAGUUCGAUAGAGAACUUGGGCCAGACGGAAGAUCAGACAAUGUGACUGCUGCAAUAGAAGUGUAUAAGACACAUGUGAAAGGCAACUAUGAUCUGGCAAAAUGGGCACUAGUAUCUCACGUGCCUAGCUUUGAUGAAUACAUGGAGGUUGGUGAGGUGGAGAUCGCAGUGUAUGCGACUUUGGCAAGUAGAUACAUGUCUCUGGAAAAGUUGGAUUCGAAAGAAGCUUUCGAAUGGCUAAAGUCUAAACCAAAAAUCGUCCAGGUUUUAUGUGCCAAAGGUCGUCUUAUGGAUGAUAUAACCGGUUUUGAGGAUGACAUGCGUAGAGGAUAUGUCACGAAUGCGGUAUGUUGUUAUAUGAAGCAACAUGGAGUUUCCGAAAAGGAAGCUUUAAAGAAGCUUGAUGAAAUGGUCACAGAGGCUGAUAAGAUCAUUAAUGAAGAGUUCUUGACAACAGUUGGUUUGCCACGUUGUGUUCUUAAGGCAGUCAUUGGUCUUUCACGCAUGAUCACCCUCUGCUACAAUGGAUAUGAAGGAUAUACCAACCCCGAAGGAAAAAUCAAGGAGUAUAUGAUGUCUAUGUUCGUCGAUCAGAUCAGUCUUUGA